ACACACACACACACACACACACACACACACACACACACACACACGCCGACUAGAGGCUGUAUUUCCACAUUCCGCUCGGAGGGGGACACACCCUCAGAUCCGGAGGAGGAGAGGUUCAGCCGAGACAGCUGAUGGGAUGCAGAGAGGAGAAAGACGCUGCUGCCUUUACAUUGCUUCUCUCGCGAGCUUCUGACAGAAAACAACAGGGCUGCAGCAACAUGCCAAUCACAGGCCAAGAUGGGAGUUAUCUCAACUGGUGAAUGCAUGGAAUUAGCAACACAUACAAAAGUCUUACUUAAAACUUGGACCAAAGCAUCCAAAUCCAAACACUGGACUCCUGAUCCCUAGUGACCCGUGUCACCAUGCCAACUCCCACGAUCCUCACAGCAACCGGGAGUCCUCAGAGAAGCUGCUAGGUUUACAGCUGUGAGCCUUCAUAACGUGGAUCCUCUCCAGUGCUGAGAGAGAGAGACCAGGAGGCAGAGAUGGUUUGCCAGUGGUGUGUCCUGCUGAUUUUCAUCUUGCUGGCGAAGAUGGGACUUGCGGGUGGAUGUGUGUGUCCAGCAGCCACCAUUUUGUCCCAGUUUCCCUCUGAGGUUCCUACUGACGUCUGUUGCUUGAACUACUCCGGCUCUGCUUUCAGCCAUGUGUCCUGGUCUUUGUUUACCAAUGAGACAAACAUAAAGACUCUGGAUCUCUCCUUCUGUAAUAUCACUUCUGUUAAUGUGAGUGAAAAAGUAGUCUCUACAUUGCAAAAGGUUUACUUAGGUCAUAACAGACUAACAGUGUUGCCAAGGGGGUUUCUUGCCAGCCAGCCGAGCCUGAAGGAGGUGGAUCUGAGCAGAAACCAGAUUCAGGAGCUUCCUGAGGGUUUUCUCCAAGACUCAGAUAACCUCCAGAAGCUUUAUCUGCAGGGAAACCAGUUACGCUUCCUGCCGGGCUCUUUGCUACAGAAGCCCAGUCUGCAAACACUGGAGCUGGAUGGGAACCCCUGGGACUGCUCCUGUUUGUUACUGGAAGGCCUGGAGGAAGGCAGGAAGGUUAACAGGACUACUAACCUACAGACUCUGGUGGGGAACUUGACCUGUGUCUCUCCCAGGUACCUGGCUAGCAGGAUUGUGUUCUCGGUGAGGCUUAGCGACGCAUGCCGCCCAGCUGGCCUCACCGCACUCUUCAUCGUGCUCCCUCUUCUCAUCCUCUCCGCCUUGGUGCUUUGCUGGUGCUGUGGGAGAAAGAGGAAGAGAAAAGAAGCACCAGUAAGCACCUCUAAAAAGAGAGCCUCCAGCUCCAGCUGUAACGGCCAGAAGCAUCGCAGCAAGCAGAAACCUGCAGCCAAUGAGCCGAGUAAAGCUGGAAGCUCUGGCAAUGAGGGGAUCCUGAAGAACCAGCUGCUGCUACGCCCGUCAUCCACCCUGCUGGGCAGCACCAGGGACAUUUAUGAAGAGGUGGAGGUUAAGGUGGGCUCAGUGGAGUCUCUUCCCCGAGUUUCCUUGCGUUGUUCCAGCUUCACAGAAGGGAAGCAGGGUCCCGAAGGGCCCGACAGAGCCAGCAAGACAGACCUGGACACAGUCAGUGUGACUGAAGUGAUGAAAGACUCAGCUGACAGAGAGAAGGCUUACCUGACUCAGUCAACUGAAUACUACAGCCUGGUGCCGGGUAUCGAACUGGAGGACUCAGACCAUGGCGAAUAUGAGAAUGUGGACCUCUCGUGACACCAUUUUAAAGGAAUAGUUCAACAUUUUGGGAAAUAUGCUUAUGUUUUCAUGAUGAUAAUUAGAUGAGAAGAUCUGAACCUACUGAGUCUACUCAUGUUUGUUUGUUAAAAGCUGUUAAAGGUAUACUAUGCAGGAUCCCUCUCAGUCAUCACCUUUGACCCCAUAGCAGUGUGUGGUGGUGUCUGUAUCUGCCCUCUGCCUCUACUUUCUUAUUUUCUUCUAUAUUGGUUUGUUCAGGACAUGUCUGGGUGUCAACCUUUGGUGUGUAGCCUCCAGCAAAUAGCAGCACAAAGUCUGGACUCGAUAAAAAUGUAGUGACCUGCUGUCUCCAUCUCUCUUGUCUGUUUUGUGGAUGCGAGCUGCAGGUCUGUGUGUCUGUUUGAUUGAGGACCAGAUUGAGCCAUACACACAGAGAGCAGAGAAGCCAAGCGGACAGGCUGACGCAUGCGCUUCGGUUGAAUUCAAACAAAACCACUUCAUGGUUGUGCAGAGGUGUGGGCGUGUUUUUUUGUGCUUUAGAACAUGACUGAAAAUAAUGUUUUAUUUUCCUGAUCACUGCUUUGUUCUUUUUAACACCGCUCCUGCUCCUCAUUCGCUCUCAAGCUUGAGUGACCACUGCUGCUCUCUCAAUUAGAGGAGGGGCCAAGUUUGAAUGUUGUGUUUUCAAACAGUCAGCUACAAAACCUGCAUAGUAUACCUUUAAAAUUUUCCUGUGAAAGUUUAAUGAGCUGCACCCACUGAAACUAACAAACUGAUGUGACCUGUAGAAGUUUAUAACUUUUUCUACAAUCAAACUAGCUGUUUCUCCCUGCUUCUUGUCUUUAUGCUAAGCUAGGCUAAUCACUUCCUGGUUCCAGCUCUGUACUUAACUCAAAAACAAGGUGCACCUAUAGGAAUCAUAUUUCGCAAAGUGUCAGGUUAUUGCUUUAAGAGAGACACUGUGUGUGUAUGUGUGUGUUACAGAAAAAGCGGGUUAUCUAUGGACACACAGAGAGAGUGUGGUCCGACCACUGUAGUAUCACAAUGUAAGAGGAAGUGAUUUAAUCCGGGCCUUUUCCUGUGGGACCUGAGGAACGCAGUGACGGUUUGAAAGGGAGGCCCACUUUUUUCACUCUGGAAAAAACUACUCAACAUUAAAGACACAAAGACAUUU